CAAAUUCGAGCUCGUUCUUUUGGUAUUCUAGGGUUUCAAGAUUUUUUGAAAAAAAACUAAAGAUCAAAUCGUUUUCAGUACAGUACCAAUAUAUCUCCCUCCGUUGUCGCUCGAUUUCAUUUCCGAUGUCAAUGAAGAGGGAUUUUGUGGGUUCUUCGUCAUCAUCAUGGAAAAGAACAAGGUUUGAUUUCAACGAUUCUGAGGUAUAUCUGCUUUACGAUAUCUAUCGUGGUCCUGUUAGGUAUGUGAUGUACAAGCUUGAUACUAGUGCUAUCGGUAAUGAUGAUAAUAAGGGAAAUUUGACUACUGUAUUCGAACUGCCUAGUGAGAAAUAUCCCCGCAGUAUGGGCUCCUUUGCCCUGGGCUCUAGGAUCUAUCUGCUUGGGGGUGAAGUUGGAUUUAACGGUGAAGUUGGUAUUACUGCCAAGGGAGGCAGAAAUACUCGACGCAUCUCCGAAAAAGUGUAUUUCUUUGAUACUGCUGCUGCCAUUUCCUCCUCUUCACCUUUAUCAGUGGCACCUCAUAUGGAAGGUGGUAAGAGGUCACCGCUGGCCAUUCAUGUGGAUGGGAUGAUAUACGUCAUUUCAGCUCUGCCUAGUCUCUAUACUUUCUACAGUGAGGAGGAGCCAUUAUUCGAGGUUUUCGACCCACAGGGUAAUGAGGGUGAGGGAGAGUGGUCUUCCUUGCCCAGACCUCCUUUCUAUCGCCGCUCUAGUAACCACGGGAGCACUGAGAUUAACGGUGCAGGCAUGAUUGUCUCGCAUGCUGUUGUUGGCCAAAGGAUUUUUUUCUUCACCACCAAAAAGGAGCAAGUGGACGUUUUUGAUGUCUACAACCGCCAAUGGACGCCUUUGAAGGUCCGCAACGGGUUCCGUUUGCCCUUUAAGGGGGCAGUCAUGCCGAUAUUUGACUCUGCGUGGGCUGCCAUUAGUACUUCUGUCCACCGUAGGUCCCCCAUUAGUACUUUCAAUCUCACGGCAGAUUUUGGAUUGGUAGGGAGAGAGGUUGAAGGCCUCGAGACUAUCCGUCGUACUCCCAAGCCACCUCUAGCCUAUGGCAUUUAUUACCAUGUCCUUGACAUGGGGAAUGGCUGGGUUUGUCUUCUCAAAUUUGGCAACGACAAGGAGGGCUUCGCCAAUGGGAAGGCAUACGUUUUUGCUACCGUCUUUCAUCUUGUCAAAAAGCGCAUGGAUAAGGUCUCUUUUGACGAAUCGAAGUAUUGGCCGGAGGGUCAAAGAUUGUUGCCCUUGCCCCCACCUCCACCAGGUGUCCAAAAGCGUGAUCACAACAAGGUUAUUGGAGAGAUUCAAGUAUUUGGUGCUGAAGAACUCCGCAGCUCUUUGUUUGCCCCUGGGCUCGAAAACUACAAUACAAGUUACGCCGCAGUUGGUUGCUUCGUUAUGAAAAAACAAUCUACUCCCUCUUAAUAUCCAGUUGGUCUUGGGGAAUAGCACGCAGUUAAUCUUUUAGUGCUGGUUUGAGUCGAGUCGAGUCGGAGAGCUUGCUUGAUAGUGGUAACGAAGCUUGGAUCGAUUAGGCAGUUUCCUUUCUAUCUUUUCUUUUAUUCUUCUGAGUUUAUCUUAGAACAUCUUGUAAUUAUAUGGUUUGAUGAGAAAUGACACUAAACUUAAGUUGCUAUCAUUUGUUGUCUGGGUAGCAGUGGAUUGACAUUGUAUUACUAUUAAUGUGUUAUUUGCUGAUAUUUUACCUUUUGCAUGCUAAA